CUGGUUGGGGAGCUGAACCCAUGUGCUCAGUUGCUAGGCAUAUGGAGAGCGUCAUGCUCUUCACCUUGCUGGGACUGUGUGUGGGGCCGGCAGUUGGCACAGAGGGUGCAGUGGUGAAUGACUUCGACGUAAGCAAGUUUUUAGGCUUCUGGUAUGAGAUUGCCCUUGCCUCCAAGAUGGGUACUCACGGCUCGGCACACAAGGAAGAGAAGAUGGGAGCCAUGGUAGUCGAGCUGAAAGAGAACAUUCUGGCUCUGACCACCACCUAUUACAAUGAGGACCACUGUGUGCUGGAGAAAGUUGUAGCCACUCAGGUGGAUGGUCCAGCGAAGUUCAAGGUUACCAGAAUAUCAGGAAAGAAAGAAGUUGCUGUAGUAGCCACAGACUAUAUGACGUACGCCGUGAUUGAUAUCACCUCUCUGGUGUCUGGGGCAGUUCACCGGGCCAUGAAACUGUACAGCCGGAGCUUGGAGGACAAUGGGGAAGCCCUGAGUAAUUUCCAGAAGAUAGCCUUGAAGCAUGGGUUUUUAGAAACAGACAUAUACAUUCUCAAGCAUGACUACAGAGAAAUCAAGACUUUGCCAGGGACAACAGGACCCUAGUCUGUGACUCUGGACAGUGAGCGCCUCAGGGUUCCUGGAGGCCACACAUGGCUCUGAGCUCGGUUCUUCUGCCUGCAGGAACGGAUCUGAGGAGGAAGCAAUAGCUCUGCCUACCUGGCCUCUCCUGCCCCUACUCAAGGGGUCCCUGCACCUGUGCCAAAUAAAGCUUGCUGCCACA